CACUAAUUUAGAUUGUGACAGGCCAAAACGCAAUGUGAUUUGUAUUUACAAACAACGUAUAAAUAUUGGUCUUUUGGAUUAGAAAUACCUUUGAGGGAAAAUGUCUUCAUCAUCUUCAGAUAGUGAGGACUCUGUCCACAGUGAAGAGCAAAGGAAUUAUGUUCGAGAGGAUCUAAGCAAAAUGAGCUUUGAAGAGAUAAUGAAAUUAAAAGAGGAGUUGGGUGCAAAGUUGUACAAGGAGGCUGUAUUGGGCGUGGAUAAAGAAACAACUAAGAAAUCAAACACAAGUAAAAUUGCGAUUAAGCGUUUAAAUAAAAAUCGUCCACGUGAAUUGUCUGCUAAGAGACAAGUGCCCUUUAUAUCAAUUGAAGAGAAAAGUAAACGAAAAAUUGAAGGACAAGUACGUGAUCCACGAUUCGAUGCGAAUUGUGGAGAUUUUAGUGUGAAGCAUUUUAAAGAAAAUUAUAAAUUUCUCGAAAAUGUUCGACGAAAAGACAUCGCUCGACUUCAGAAACAAUUGCGUGAGAUUAAAAGCAGCGAUGAACGUAAGCAACUGCAACUAGAAAUUCAAAAACUAAUUAACAAAAAUGUUGAGGACAGAAAAUGGCAUUUAAAACAAGAGUCACUGAAUCGAGAAAAAUUAGAAGUUCAGGAGGCACUCAAAAAAGGACUUAAGCCACAUUACACAACAAAGAAGGAGCGACGUGCUAAAGAAUUGGUUACACAGUUCGAGCAACUUAAAGAAUCGGGAAAACUUAGCAAGCAUUUAGAAAAACGUCGUAAGAAGAAUGCAGCAAAGGAUCGAAGACAACUUGGAUUUGCAUAAUUUUUUUUUAAUUUUAUUAAAUAAAGUAACUGUACAUCCUGCAA